CGCAGUUCGUUGGAAGGUCGCAGAAACUCUCCGCAAAAGUUUUAUCGAUUGGAAAUCGGUUUGAUCUCGAAAUUCUGUUUUCGAAGUUCAACGGCUUUGAACCUGCGAGUUCGCGCCGAAGUUGGAUAGCCGAUCUAAAAAAUGAAAAUGAAGAUCAACAAAGCUUGCGACCUCAGCUCCAUCUCUGUUCUUCCUCCUCAAUCUAGGAGAUCGAGUGGAGUUUCCAGUGGAUUAGAGUCUUCUUCUAUCUUCGGGAGAAGCCAAGCAGCAUCACAGCUUCGACCACAACAACCUCAGCUGUCACUUUCACAGGGAGUUUCUUCUCAGCAUGGCCUAUUUUCUCAGUUUUCACAGAAUUCUCAAGAUGAAGUCCUGACUAAUGAGAAAAUAGGAUCUCAAGAUAGAGAGAGUUCAGCGAGGAGGACAAGCUGCUUGCCUCUAGUUGAUUCUGCACGAGAUGAGAAUCAGAUGAUUGCAUCUAGAACUUCCAAUCACUUGAUGCGCAAGUGGUCUGGUCAAGAAUACAAAUGUCAUAUUAACGAAGAGCUCGAACACAGAAUUGGAACGAUAGAAAAUUCAUUGAGCAGGCUUGGACUGAUCUUGGACUCUGUUCAGGGUGACAUCAUGCAAGUAAACAAGGGCACAAAAGAAGUAGCAUUAGAGACGAAAGACAUGCGGCAGAAAUUGAACUCCAAUGAGGACUCACUGCAGCUGCUGAGCAAAGGGCAAGAAGCCAUCAAGAGUUGCCUGGACAUGGGCUUAAAAUCUCUGUACGAUCAACUCAAGCAGUUUAUGAACCAAGACAAUUCAGGGUUGACAAAGUCAUCUCUGUCAGAUCUAUCUGAGAAAAUUGACAGUCAAAUGGUGAAAUUACAAAACGAUCUGCACAAGGAUUUCUGCAAAGAAAUACAGGCAUGUUUAUGUAAAGCAUUUUCUUGCAGCAUGAAGAUGCUCACUCAAAAACAAGUAACUUCCUCAACAAAUGGGUCAAAAGCACUUUUCUCUGCAACUGCUGUCCCCUGUCUCCCUUCUCCUCAGGAAGUUCCGUUUCCAGACAAUACAACAGGGCAUUUAAAAACACAGCAAACAACUCUACCACGAAAGAUCAAAUUGGGUAGCUGGACAUCAGUAAAGCCAGAACUUACAUCCCCUAAAGCUGGAAAAUAUAAUAAGAGAAGUGAACAAAAAAAGGAAUGCAAUAUUGUUAUUGAAUCGGAUGAGGAAAUUGAUGUUGGUUUUUCCUGCUUGUUCAAGGAAAAGGGAACAGAAAUAGAUAAAUAUUCAAUAGAGGAAGUCAAAAAUGAAACUGCGCGUAUCCUUAGGAAAGCCCGGAGGAGAAAGAGAAAACAUUGCAACACCAUUAUCAUAGACUGAAGGUAUUCGUUGCUACUAUUAGACAGCUCUCAUUUUUAGCUCAUAAAAUUAUCCAUUGCUUGACUAAUAUUCAGCUAUUAAUUGCAAAAGAAGCUCUAAUAUCUAGUUCAAGAUUAUAUUGUGUAGAGCCGUUAACCAAAAUUUGCAUCUCACGAACGUGCUAGUGUGGUUGUUUCAGUUAAGAAUACUGAAGGAGCUCAAAUAAUGUCGAUGGAGUCUCAAGAUAUUUCUGACAAGGCAAAUGGUUCUCGGUCAGAGCCCUAAAAAUAAAUAAACAUUAUUUCUCAACAGCAGGUAUGCUCGCCCCUCAUAUUCCAUGAUGGACAUACCUUGUAUCCCACUGCAUCAUCUCUCAUUCAAUAUUUUUUGUAGUUUGAAACUCUUGAGGAAAUCAUUUAUGUAUAAUCGUGACCCUUAGUUUGAUCUUUAUUCCUUUGCUGUAGCCUGUAAAGAUAUAGUUUUCAUCAAGAAUUGAUUCAU